CGAACAGCCAUUCCUACAUUACCGGCUUCCUCCAGCUCUGCAAGUCUCGGGGGGUGACACCUAGCCUGGACCUCUUCUUCCAGAGCUUCAAUCUGUGCCGGGGGGGGGAUGCGAAUGCCGAGGGCUUCGCAAACUUGCAGCAGGUGGCAAUGUUCAAGCUCUUCACUGAGGCGCCCUCCUCGAACAAGGGGUGGAAGGACCGGUGGUGCUACGUGAAGCUGACCGAGAGCCCCUUCCCGAGGGCGUUGCGUGACCGUUUCAGGAGGCACGAGAAGAGGAGGAGCGCCACCCUCGAGAAAGACGGCAGGAUUCUGGCCACGAUCCCGGAGGGCCGGGACAAAAAUAUUACCAUUAAGGAGUGCACCAAGGAGGAAGAUCUCUACACCCUCGGGUUCCGGCGGUAUCGCUUCCUGGGGGAAACAGAUGAGAAGUUCCCGGUGUUUGAGGGAGCCUCCGGAGGUAGUGGCUGAGGGCACCCUCAUUUUCAUAUCUUAGCACAUAGUUUAUCUGUUUGUUCUUUUAUUUCUUGUGCCUUCUGUUAGUAACCCCUCGAUUUUAACCCCAUACUAUUUUUGCAGGUAUCCCAGUGAAUAUGAUGAACGUCAAAGGCCUUGCUCGAUUCAAGAACAAACCGACCAAGGAUCCGAAGGGGUCGGACGCGGGCGGCCAAAAGCCCGUCGGUGCAUUUUUCAAGAAGCCCGAGGGCGAUGCUGCUGCCGCGAAGAGGAAAACAACGGCAAAGGAAUCCCCCCCGGCUAGCAAGAAAUCGAAGAAGGGGGACACCACGAAGAAGGACCCCCCGGUGGUGAUUGUGGAUGAUUGCCCCGCCUCCGGGGUGCACGAGGAGAUGCCAGUGGCGAAGGUGCCGGGGGGUGUCCAGGAGCCAUCUCUCGAGGUCCUUACGCUCUCCCUCCCGGCUGGUACGGCCGUGUUGAAUGGCACAGCUGACCCGAGGGCGCUUCUGAGAGGUAUAACCCUCGAUAUUGACAGGGCAGCCCUCGGGGCUGAUGAUGACCAAGCCCUCGAGGACAGGAUCCUCCGGUCUUCCCUCACGACCUGCAUUGCCCUCGGAGAGCAGGCCCGACGGCUGGAGGAAUGGCGUCUCCACAAAGCUGGGCAAGACGCAAAGAUGAAGGAGCUCAUUCUCAAGGACUCCAAGGCCACGAAGCUGAUGGCCCAGCUCGAAGAGGACCUCCAGCUUGCGAGAGCGGAGGCCGAAAGGCUUAGGGAGGAGAAAGCCAAAGCUGAGGAGGCUGCUGCGGAGGCCGCAAAGAAAGCCGCCGAGGAGGCUGAGGCCGUCAGAGCGAAGGCUGUCGUCACAGCCCGGAAGGAGGCCAUCUCCGGGUUCCUGGAUGGGGGGUGGAAGGCCGAGGGACACAAGGAGUGGGUGUCCUCGGUUGUGGAGGCCUCAGUUGAUGAGUGGUGCGAGGGCCCGGGUGAGGAAUGGAUGGCCCGAAAGGGCAAACAAUAUUAUGAUGGGGGUGAGUUUUUCACCCAAGCCCUCAUCUAUCGGAGGAUGGCUCGCCACUUGAAAAUUGAGCCGAAGGACUUCGACCCGGCGGCAUACGGGCUUCCCCCUGCAGCCAGACGUCCGUGUCCCUCUCCCCUCCGAUGUCGAGAGGCCAGACCUGGAGGACACCGAGCUCCGGAAGGAAGCCGAGGGUGACGAACCUGAGGCCGAUGCAGAGGUCACUUCGAAGCCAUCGGAGGAGGCGGCCCCCGGGAAUGAUGUUGUUGAUUUGUAAUCUGUACUUAGUAAAUAUUUGGGACUUACUUUGUAAUGGUCGCAUUUGUAUGCUUCCGGCCCUGGCCAUCGUUGUAACAAUUACAUUUACUCUUCUUUUUGAUGGAUGAAUGUUAGCCCUCGGGCCUUGCGUAUUUGACUUGUUUUCUUUAAUUUAUUUCCUCUCGAAUGUAUGUCGUCGUUUUCUCUUGAAUGUAUGCCUUCGCCCUUCUUUAAUGUAUGUUUAGGACUUUAGAAUAUUUUCUUCCAAGUGCGGUGCCCCUUGUAGCCCUCGGCUAUUAGAAAUCUUUAGUCAGUUGAACCUUUCACCGAGGGGACAAUGUUCAGGACUUAGAAAUAUUUUCUAAGUGUUUGAAUACAGUUUUUAGCCUUCGGUAGUUGGGCACCCCUCGCUGGAUAUAUGACCGAGGGCCCAGCAAUAGUUAGGACUUAGAAAAUAUUUCUAAGUGUAGUCUCACCAAG